GUGUGUGAAAGGGAGCAGCUGGGGGCGGGGCCUGGGGAGGCUCGCGGAGGAUUGUUCGGCUGAGAGGUCGGCUGGGCUCUGGCUGCGCGGAGACACGGUGAGGAGCCGGACGCUGCCCGCGCGUGCGCUCCGCUCGGGGCGCGGGGACUGCGAGGCGCACGAGGGUCUACUGCUCGAGGCCCGCGGCCCACAGGAGGAUGCCCACGGGCGCCGGGAGCAGGCUGCGAGGCUGAGCGCUCCGGUCCCUCGUCGACUGCUGCUCUCGGUGUGCGUCCGGGCAGGGAAGGCGACGGAGCGCGGCGGGAAGGACGGAGCAGCCGCGGCCCGGAACUCGCUGCGGGGAACCGCGAGCUGCGCCGCGCUCGGGCGGCCCGGCCCGGAUGGGCGCGGAGUUGGCGGCUCCCGCCGGGCGCCGCGGAGCGACCCGGGUACUGUGGACCGGCUGAGCGCCGAGGCCGCCGAGGACCACUGGGGCCGGGCGUUUAUGCCCCGGCCCGGAGGCUAGCGCCGCGCGCAGCCCGCCUGCAGCCGCCCGGGACCUCGCUAGCGCCCGCGCACCGACUUCGCGGCGCGCUCCAGACAAGAUGGCGCGGCCGGUCCCGGGAGCGCUCCGGGACCCGCGCCGCUCGCCUCGUCUCCUGCUCUGGCUGUUGCUGCUGCUGUUGCUGCGGCUUCAGGCCGCCACCGCCGAGGCCGGCCCACGGGCGCCCUGCGCCGCUGCCUGCACUUGCUCCGGGGACUCGCUGGACUGCGGCGGGCGCGGGCUGGCGACGUUGCCCCGGGACCUGCCCGCUUGGACGCGGAGCCUAAACCUGAGUUAUAAUAAACUUUCCGAGGUUGACUCUGCUGGUUUUGAGGAUUUGACAACUCUGCAGGAAGUGUACCUCAAUAAUAAUGAGCUGACAACUAUACCAUCCUUGGGUGCCGCCUCAACACAGGUCGUCUCUCUCUUUUUGCAGCACAACAAGAUUCGCAGUGUGGAGGGAAGCCAGCUGAAGUCUUACCUGUCCUUGGAAAUACUGGAUCUGAGUUCAAACAACAUCACAGAAAUUCGGAGCUCCUGUUUUCCGGGGGGCCUGCGUAUAAGGGAGCUCAACUUGGCCAGCAACCGCAUCAGCACCCUGGAGUCUGGAGCAUUUGAUGGUCUGUCACGGUCACUGCUGACUCUUCGUCUGAGCAAAAACAGGAUCACUCAGCUUCCUGUGAAAGCAUUCAAACUACCCAGGCUGACACAACUGGAUCUCAAUCGGAAUCGGAUUCGGCUAAUCGAGGGCCUCACGUUCCAGGGACUUGAUAGCUUGGAGGUGCUGAAGCUUCAGCGAAACAACAUCAGCAGGCUGACAGAUGGUGCCUUCUGGGGGCUAUCUAAGAUGCAUGUGCUGCACCUGGAGUACAACAGCCUGGUGGAAGUGAACAGCGGCUCUCUCUACGGCCUCACAGCCCUGCAGCAACUGCACCUCAGCAACAACUCCAUCUCUCGGAUUCAGCGUGAUGGCUGGAGCUUCUGUCAGAAGCUGCACGAGUUGAUUCUGUCCUUCAACAACCUGACACGUCUAGAUGAGGAGAGCCUGGCCGAGCUAAGCAGCCUGAGUAUCCUGCGCCUUAGCCACAAUGCCAUCAGUCAUAUCUCUGAAGGCGCCUUCAAGGGGCUCAAAAGCCUACGUGUUUUGGACCUGGACCAUAAUGAGAUCUCGGGCACAAUCGAAGAUACUAGCGGCGCCUUCAUGGGGCUCGACAGCCUCAGCAAACUAACUCUGUUUGGAAACAAGAUCAAGUCUGUGGCUAAAAGAGCAUUCUCAGGGCUGGAAGGCCUGGAGCACCUGAACUUGGGAGAGAAUUCAAUCAGGUCUGUCCAGUUUGAUGCCUUUGCAAAGAUGAAGAAUCUUAAAGAGCUCCACAUCAGCAGUGAGAGCUUCCUGUGUGACUGCCAGCUGAAGUGGCUGCCGGCGUGGCUAGUGGGCAGGACACUGCAGGCCUCUGUGACAGCCACCUGUGCACACCCAGAGUCACUGAAGGGCCAGAGCAUUUUCUCAGUGCUGCCGGAGAGUUUUGUAUGUGAUGACUUUCCAAAGCCACAGAUCAUCACCCAGCCUGAGACAACCAUGGCUGUGGUGGGCAAGGACAUCCGGUUCACGUGCUCAGCAGCCAGCAGCAGCAGCUCCCCCAUGACCUUUGCCUGGAAGAAAGACAAUGAGGUCCUGGCCAAUGCAGACAUGGAGAACUUCGCACACGUCCGUGCACAGGACGGGGAAGUGAUGGAGUACACUACCAUCCUGCACCUCCGUCAUGUCACCUUUGGGCACGAGGGCCGCUACCAGUGUGUCAUCACCAACCACUUUGGCUCCACCUAUUCGCACAAGGCUAGACUCACUGUGAAUGUGUUGCCAUCAUUCACUAAAAUACCCUAUGAUAUCGCCAUCCGGACUGGCACCACCGCCCGCCUUGAGUGUGCUGCCACCGGCCACCCUAACCCCCAGAUCGCCUGGCAAAAGGAUGGAGGUACAGAUUUCCCUGCAGCUCGUGAGCGACGCAUGCACGUCAUGCCCGAUGAUGAUGUGUUCUUCAUCACUGAUGUGAAGAUAGAUGACAUGGGGGUCUACAGCUGUACUGCCCAGAACUCAGCUGGCUCUAUUUCAGCGAAUGCCACCCUGACUGUCCUAGAAACUCCAUCCUUGGUGGUGCCCUUAGAAGACCGUAUAGUGUCUGUGGGAGAAACAGUGGCUCUCCAGUGCAAAGCAGCUGGGAGCCCUGCACCCCGCAUCACCUGGCUCAAAGGGGGUCGCCCACUGAGCCUCACGGAGCGGCACCACUUCACUCCAGGCAACCAGCUGCUGGUUGUUCAGAAUGUGGUGGUGGAGGAUGCAGGCCGGUACACUUGUGAAAUGUCCAAUCCGCUGGGCACAGAGCGAGCUCACAGCCAGCUGAGCAUCUUGCCUGCCCCUGGCUGCCGGAAGGAUGGGACCACUGUAGGCAUCUUCACCAUCGCUGUUGUAUGCAGCAUCGUCCUGACGUCACUGGUUUGGGUGUGCAUAAUCUACCAAACCAGGAAAAAGAGCGAGGAGUACAGCGUCACCAACACAGAUGAAACCAUUGUGCCUCCAGAUGUUCCAAGCUACCUCUCCUCUCAGGGGACUCUUUCUGACCGGCAGGAAACUGUGGUCAGGACUGAAGGUGGGCAUCAGGCCAACGGGCAUAUUGAAAGCAAUGGUGUGUGUUUGAGAGAUGCAAGCCUGUUUCCAGACGUCGAUGUUCAUAGCAUUGCCUGCAGGCAGCCCAAGCUCUGUGUUGGAUAUAAUAAAGAGUCCUGGAAAGUGGUGGAGAGAGCCAGUGGGACAGCUGCUCCACAUAAAACAGUGCACAGUGGCCCUGCCGUAUACAGUGACUGCAACACUGACAUGGAUAGUCACUCCAAGGAGCAAGUGAUCCAUCCUCAGCCUGUGUCCAGAGACAGCACACAUCCAGUUACACCAAGCUGUCAAGAGCUCAGGCAGUAUGACCAGGAACAUUCUUUGCACCAUCCUUACAGUGGGACUGCUGAUGGGUCUCACACCAACUAUGGGGGGUCCCGCUAUCCCAGUAACCAUGACAGAAUACUGCCGUCAUUGAAAAACAAGCCAGUGGCGUCUCUGGAUGGGAAAGGGGAUUCCUCUCGGACUUUAGCAAAGUUUUAUGAACCAGACUCCACAGACUUCCAGCCUUCUCCUACAUUAACUUCAGGCAGCCAAGAGCUCACAGAAGAUGCCAUACCCACUGAAGCCCAGCACUUGCUUAUUUCCAAUGGCCAUCUCUCCAAGGCCUGCGACUCCAAACCUGAGUCUACACCACUGACGGGACAGUUCACUGGGAAACGGAGGGGAACAUUGCUAUUGGUGCCAAAAAGCUAGGCUUUGUCUACCUCAGCUCUUGUAUACCAAUCUCUACAGGAAAGAGGUAGGAGAGACUGUGAAGCUGUGUUCAAGCAUCACUGACCUGUACAUAGUUUUAACUUCCGUGUGGAGUAUCAGUCAUUUAAGGACUUGGCAUUUGAAGCACAGAAAUGCAAGAGGCUAUUUGUGUACAAAAGGCAGAAAAAGUAUUUGAUACCAUUGUAUAUAAGAGUUUUCAGAGAUUUCAUAUAUAUUAUAUAUCUUUUACAGAGACUAUUUUAAUCCCUAGUGCAUGAUUAACAACAGAAUUACACAAUUUUGACAAUAUUUUCGUAUUAGGUUGCUGUCUAAUUUCAAAGGGGGUUGGGAAUUGUUCUAGUGCCUUAAUGCACAGCUGGAAUUAAGAGGUGAAAACAUCUGCUGCUCGCUGUUCCUGGCAGGUUGUAGAGGAGGGAAACUUGGCUAUGUGUAGACUGUAUAGUUAGUGCACUGGCCAGACCUGUGCAGUUGGCGGCAGCCUCCCUGCAGAGCCAGAGGUGCACAUGUUAUUUGCCCUUGCCGAGGCCUCUCUCUUGUAGGUUGAGGGUGGUUAAUCCACCAGAAGCACUGGGUCAGAACAACUGAGUGCUGCCUUUGGUCUCUGCAGCUCACUUUAGGGUAAAAAGCAAAUGUGCUAGUCUCAGUCUCCUUUGAUUGUUCUUUGAAGCUUUUUAUUAAGGCAAAGGCUGCUGGUGUUGGUACCUGUGGAUUCUCCAAUAGCAAGUUUUAGUUCUGCCAGUAUAGCAUUACUUUGGGGGGAUAAAAAGGAAAAAGUUCACUUUCAGGGCUGAUUUCUACUGAGCAAGCCUGUCCACACUAUUACCUUGCACAGUGGAACUGGGCUUGGACUAUAGCGAGAUUGAGUCCUAGACCUGGGCAUAUUUGCACUUUGGGGACCUGUUGCUAACCAUCUUGUGCGUGCCAAUGGUAAUUCAGUAAAAAUGACAUGGAAACAAACUUGGUCCUUAAAAUCUCAGAAAGCUGAGGGGCGCUGACAGAAUGAUGGCCCGUCACAGUGUGCCGUCCCAGGUCACCACUGUGCCCAAGGACAAGCACACUCAAGUUUUAUUCUCCAGUUAGCUGAUUAAUGUUACUUCCACAAAAUAUGUGAAUUUGCUGCUUCUGAGAGGCAAUGUGAAAGAGGAAGUAUUACUUUUAUGUACAAAGUUAUUUAUUUAUAGAAAUUUUGGUACAGUGUACAUUGAAAACAUGUAAAAUAUUGAAGUGUCUAACAAACGGCAUUAAAAGUGUCUUUAAUAAAGGUUCAUUUAUAAAUA